GUUGUGUUAAGGGAAUAAGUGGUGAAGGGAAAAAAAAGACCACCUUGUGAUAACCGCGGUGUUCAGGGGACUUCUAACCGAGGAUAGGGGACUCUUUUCCUUUCUUCAUGUCGAAGUUUCCCUUCUUCAUAUCUAUCAUGAUGUUGCAAUUGGUCCUGUUCCUGCCCGUGCUCUGCUCAGCCCAGCGUUCAGAGCCCAUGUUCUCGGCCGUGACCAAGACCGUGCUUCCCCCUGACUACGACAACAACCCCACCCAGCUCAACUACGGUGUAGCGGUCACAGACGUGGAUGGCGACGGAGAUCUGGAGAUAUUUGUUGCAGGUUACAAUGGUCCUAACCUGGUGCUGAAGUAUGACAAGCAGAGAAAAAGAUUGGUCAACAUCGCCGUAGACAACCGCAACUCCCCGUUCUACGCCUUGAGAGACCGCCAAGGCAACGCCAUUGGGGUAACAGCGUGUGACAUUGAUGGUGACGGUCGGGAGGAGAUUUAUGUACUCAACACCAAUAACGCCUUUUCUGGACGGGCGACAUACUCGGACAAACUGUUCAAGUUCCGUAAUGGACGCUUUGAGGAUUUGCUGAGUGAUGACAUUAAUGAACACAGAGAUGUAGCCAACCGUAUGGCUGGAAGAUCAGUCGCCUGUGUGGACAGAAAGGGUACGGGUCGUUAUGCUAUCUACAUAGCAAACUACGCCAGCGGAAACGUGGGCCCACAUGCACUUAUAGAGAUGGACGAUGCCGCGAGUGACCUCUCGCAAGGCGUCAUCGCCCUCUCCAACGUGGCAGAGCAGUCUGGAGUCAACAAGUUCACUGGGGGCCGAGGUGUGGUGGUGGGACCCAUCGUGAGCCAGACCUUCUCUGAUGUAUUUUGCGACAAUGAGUAUGGACCGAACUUCCUGUUUCGGAACAACGGAGAUGGAACUUUUACUGAUGUGGCGCAGCAGGCCGGGGUGGAGGACCCCAUGCAGCACGGUAGAGGUGUAGCACUUGCAGACUUCAACCGUGACGGGAAGACCGACAUUGUGUACGGCAACUGGAACGGACCUCAUCGUCUUUACAUGCAACUUAACAACCGGAAGCAGAAGUUCAAGGACAUUGCCUCGCAGAAGUUUUCUAUGCCAUCCCCAGUCCGCACGGUUAUUGCAGCCGACUUUGACAACGAUAAUGAACUGGAGGUUUUCUUCAAUAACAUCGCCUACAGGGGGCCCUCGGCCAAUAGACUGUUUAGGGUGAGCAGGAGAGAGCAUGCAGACCCACAGAUCGAGGAGCUGAACGUUGGUGAGGCGUCUGAGCCAGAGGGGCGAGGAACCGGAGCUGUAGCUACAGACUUUGAUGGAGAUGGCCGUCUGGAACUGCUGGUGUCUCAUGGUGAAAGUGCAGCGCAACCACUGUCUGUCUACAAAGUCAACUUGGGAACCAACAACGCAUGGCUGCGUGUGAUUCCCCGCACCAAGUUUGGUGCUUUUGCCAGAGGAGCUAAAGUGGUGGUGUACACCAAGAAGAGUGGACCCCAUACACGCAUCAUUGAUGGAGGUUCAGGAUACCUCUGUGAGAUGGAGCCUGUUGCACACUUUGGCCUUGGUAAGGACGUGGCCACAAAUGUGGAGGUGUACUGGCCAGAUGGUCGCUCCAUCGCUCGACCCUUGGAACCAUCAGAGAUCAACUCUGUGCUGGAGAUCCACUAUCCGAGAGACGAAGAGGAAAUCACGCCCACUGUGGAAAUAGAGUGCGGUCACGGCUUUGCUCUUAAUGAAAACGGCCGCUGCAUCGAUAAAGAUGAGUGUACCCACUUUCCCUCUGUGUGUCCCUCCGACCGUCCUGUGUGCACCAACACCUACGGCAGUUUUAAAUGCCGUGCCAAGAAGAGAUGCAACCAGGGCUUUGAGCCCAACUAUGAUGGGUCCGCAUGCGUGGCCCAAGUGGCUUACUUUGGGAAGACACGGUCUUCUGCAGAAUGCACAUGGUCAGCUUGUUCUUUCUGGCUGUCACCCAUCGGCAUGCUUCUUCUCAUCUCUAACCAUCUCCAGAGUGGACUACUGUAGCCGCCUCCCUCCCUCGACUCAGCUCUUGUCGUUUUAACAAGGAUGUAUAGAAACUAUCUAUCCUCUUUCUCGUCAUCCUAAAACUUUCUAUGGAUCAGUGGUAUUGCUCGUGUACAGCUGUUUCCACCUCUGGACUAUACAGGUACUUUGCAGGGAGCAUGCUAGAACUAACUCUGUUAGACUCGCAAAGCCCUCACGUCAUCACCUGGCAUUUAUCUCAGCUGGAUUUGAACCGAGUCCAAGUCAAUAAGCGGAGGCCGCAGUGGGGAACUCGCUGCUCGGAACCGACUGGUUCCACCAGCCGCUUUCAUUAGGGACACGCCGAGGUCGCCAUCUGUAUGUGCACAAUGCCACUCUCAUUCUAUGUUCGGGCUUACCGGGAUGCUGAGAAACACCAGGUCUCCAAGCUACAAGUUGUGUGUGUGUGUGUGUGUGUGUGUGUGUGCUAGGGAACAUAUGCCAGGCCAUCUGCCUGAGGCGGUGGUGGCUAACAUUUUGUUAACUAUUAAUAAUUCUACAGCACAGUAAAGAAGACAUGUUUUGUGAGCAAGCACAAGAAGACAUUUAGUUUUAAUUACUGGAAUCUGCAUGACAUCACUCCAACUUACUGUUGUAGGAAAUCAGACAAAUUGUUCAGUACGACGUUGCAUUCGUUUGAAAUCCAAAACAUGGUGUGAUGAAAACACAAUAUUUUGGCUCAAAAGCAUGAAAUGCUACUUUUUGCCGAGUGGUUAGGGUGUGAAGAUUAUGGUGAGGGAACAUUAUUUUCAUUAAAAUAAUCCAUGAAUCCCAAAAUACUUAGUACUUAGUGUUUUCCAUACAUUCAUGUGUUCCGCCACGAAUAGAUUUGGUGCUCACAAACACAUUAGAAUGCAAGGAAUAAUAACAUGGAGCAGGACGGAUUGAUGUCGCAAACAAAAGGACUUUGUUGCUAUAUUUAGCGAGUAACCAUACCACUCUAGAUGUGUUUUUUCCACAUAAAAUUAGCGACUAGCGAUAAAUCUAGAGAAGAGUCUUUGGGAGUCUGCUGCGUGUCCCCAUCCCCAUCUAAAAAAGUUCAUUUGGAGUUGUAAAAAUGUCUGUGUUUUAUUCACUUUUUGCAAAUGCGUCAUGGCUAAAUAUGCAAAUUCAAUAUCACACCAUUACGUUAACCCGUGACCGCACCCCAUCGCCACAGAUAGAUCACAGCCCUGUAGGAAACACUAACUUAAUGUACUUACAAAAAAUCCAACACAUUUCUCAUUAAAACAUGCUCCAGGCUUCUAUCACAUUCACCACAGUUCAUUAUUUCAUUACAAUGUAUUAUCCAAACCUCCCUGCUGAUAAAGUUAUUCAGUGAACACCAUAUUAUAGAGAAAUUAGAUUCAAGUAGGAAGGAGAAUGUGAAGCUUUUAUUAAGCAACAUCCUGUCCCUGGAAUAUAAUAUUUUCCUCUUGGUAAUCAAAUGAAACCAAAGAGAGCAUUUAAUGCAACUCUGGUGAUUUCCCUGCCCAUUUCACAAAAGGUCAUGGCGACAGCGUAAAGAGAGCGGUUAACUCCUAUAGUUGUUAAAAAAUAGUUUAACAGAUACCCAUAGGGCUGUUUAAAAAAAAAUAAAUAUGCAAACUCACUGAAAAACAGUAAUACAUAUAAGGUUUUGUGCUUCAAAGUACAAUAUGAACCAACUCAUACUGUUACUUUAAACUCAGAGUUGUCAUCAUAUCACAAGAAUAAAGUCAAAAUUCAUGAGAAUAAAAUUGAAAUAAUUGUAAAUUGUAUAUACUGUAUAUAUAUUAAUACAAAAGUGAGCAAAACUGUGUUUAUUGUAAGGAGAAAAAGAUGACAAAGCAACAUUUUUAUUGAAAUAAAUGAUUUUCCCUCUCAAACAUUGCAUGUAAAUUUGGUAGUUUAACAAUAGAAAAGUCAUUCUUCGCUAUCCUCUUCCUCCUCCUGGCAACUAAAACCACUAAAGUCUUCUUCAGCAUCACAAUUGAACAGCUUCAUAAUUCCUUGAUCACACACUUCAUCAGUCAGUCCCGAGUAAUCUAAACAGAAACUGGAGUAACCUUACCCUUGAUCAAACUUACUUAAUAUGUAUCAGAUCGGUGCAUAAGACUUCAAAAUGUGACAUUAGAAUCCACUUCACUUUUUCCUGAAGCUGCACUCUAAGCAUCAUGGGACAUGUAGUUCUUUUAGCUAAAAAUGAGCUGCAUCACUGUGCAAGCCGCAGGGUUCGAAGCUUGAGGAAAAAAGUAGCAGCUGAUAAAAUGUGUUUAGAGGUUGCAGAAUUAGUGAUAUGUUCACUGGUUUACUUUUUUUUUUAAAUUUAGAUAGCGACAGCAGGGUGAGCAAGUGAACAAGUUAGUUCCAAUUCAGUAAAAAACUUGGGAGUUUUGACCGACUCUCUAAAAUAACGGCAAUUUACAUUUGCAGCAAUGCAAACAAAGGAAAAUUAAAUAUUUCCCCUUUUUUUUUCAUAAAAAUUUACUUUAAAACACUACAUGAGCACAGAUUUUUAGGCGCCAAAUGUAAAAGACACAUUUUUCCAUUUCCAAAGUCAUGUCUGCAUGAUUACCUAAACAGUUUUACAAACUGACGAUAUUCUGGCUCCAACUAUGGCCCAAAGCAAUAUAUUUCACAAGCUGCAGACAGCGUGAAAUUCCCAAAUUAUUCACUUGCUCUCAUCCAAUUUGACUGACUUUACCAUCACUGCAACUUCAUCACGCAGGUUGUAGUGAAGUCAUCUUUGUGUGAUUCAUGGACAUAUCGUAUACUAUAUUUUGUACAUCCUGUUCAAAAAUUGAGUCGUCAUGACAACAAUCCAUUUAUGUGUUGGACACAUCUGUAAAUACAAAACUCACAUUUGCUGCCUCAGAUGUUUUUAAUGACGGAUAAACAGCAUUGAAACAAUUAAAGUCAAAACACUGAGGAUCUCUGUCGGACCGACCAGUAAUGGUGUCAUGCUGACUUUGUGAGCCAAAGAGCCGUCGGCGAGCAAGAGAGCGUGAACAGCUGCAGGCAGGCCCGACAAGACGGGAUCUGAUAAAGUCCAAUAUUUUCGAUUUUUUUUUUUUACUCAGGUUUAUUGCAAAGAUUCAACUUGCAUGAAACAACAAAGAUCACCAAUGUGCAUGUUCUUAAAAAUGUUCCUCCUAAUCCCACAGUCCUUAUUAUUUAUCAUCAAAGCAUGAAAAGAGUUUGUAUAUUUUCCUAAAAAAUACGCCAAAGUGGGAUGACAUUUUAGAAUGUUAUGAACAGAUCAUUCUUUGUUCGACUUAAUGCAAUAUUCAUCUUCCUGCUCAUUAUUCACCGGAUAAAACUGUCCCGUCGGAAAACAUGGCAGAGGUUACCGACUGUCGGAGGAUUGUUCAACGUAUGAGCUAAUUCCCAAGAAAAAAGGGAAAAAAUGACAGCGACGGAUAUCUCUGCUCGGCUACUUUAUCUGGAAGAAGGAUUACGUCGCUUUUUGGAAAGAGUGGAAGUGCACGAUGACAGAAAGACAUCAGUGAAUACAAUAACAGAACUGUGAUAAAGUUUGGCUCAAGAGGACUGAAAAAUGGUGUCAUUGAAUGAUGUCUUGGCUACAAGAGGAUGCUCUGUGUGUGUGUGUGUGUGUGUGUGUGUCUGUCCCAGCUGUGUUUUCCAGUGCUGUAGCAAAAUAAGGCACACAACACAGGAACACAACAUGCAUGCUUUUAAUCACAAAUCUCUCCUACAAGCACACAAUGUCUACAUUGAACUUUUGGUGUUGAUGCAAGACAGAACAGUUAUGGUAAGUUACAAUAUUGUUGACAGGAAAUAACCAAAAGUGGAUUUGUUAAAGAAUAAAUGGGCUGAAAUGAGCCUGAGCUAUCGAAAUCUAUCGAAAUCAGUGGUGUCAUUGGGGCACUUUUUAUUUAUUUUUUUAUUUAUUUAUGGGCCUUGGCUGCUUAUUAUUGGUCCUCGGCACAUUGUAAAACAACUACAAUUAAAGAAGAAAGCUAAAAAAAACCCAGCAAAAAUCCAUAAAAGGGCAUUAAUUAAGGAGAAUAAAGUCAUAAUAUGAAGCGGAAAUAUAAAGUAUUGAAGAUUUUUUUUCACAGUCUUAAUAUUAUGAGAAACAAAGAAUGAAAUUGCAAUUUUAGGAAAUUUAGGUUGGGUAAAAUAUUAUUGUAUGUAUAAGAUAUUAUUAUUAUAUUAUUAUUAUUCCAAUGCUGAAGUUAAAACAUGAGAAUAAAGACAUAAUAUAAAAAAGGUGGGAAAAAUAAAUAAUAGUAAAAUUAAAAAAAUAAUUGUAAAAAAUUGUAAAAAAUAAAAUUGAAAACAAAUUAUCAAAGACAAAAGUUUAACAUGAGGAGACAUCUUAAGUCAUACUAAAAAUAUGCUUUGAUGCAGGCUGUUUUUUCUUGAAAUAUAAAAAUGUCUUUGCUUUGUAUGCAGCCCUAAGUUAAAAACCAAACACAAACAGUUAUUGACACAACAUCAGAAAAGAGAAAAAAAUGUUUUCCAGUCAAAGCUUUUGUGUGUGAAUAUCUUGUUUUGCCUGAAACACAAAGAUAAUAGGUCUACUUUCAUGGAUGACUAAGGAAAUUUUAAAAAUAUUCUCAGUUGAGAAGUUGAAAUUAGAGGAUAUUUACAUUUUUUUUAAAUAAAAUAUAUAUUUUUUAAUAACCUGCUGUUUGUCUAUACUGUAUUUGUCCUGUGAUUGACAGGUGAACAAUCCCACCUCUUGCCUAAGGCCUACCUUGAAAAGAGAUUUAAUAUAUAAUAAUGAUAUGAUAAUCAUAAUUGCAUCAGCUCAUCUCAAGUCAUUUUAUUACAUUCCAUCCUGUCUGAAUGAACAUAAUUAAAGCAAUCCAAGCAGAGUUAACAUCUGUAAUUACAUUCCAUGUAAAUCUUAUUCGGGAUAGAUACAUUGGUAAUUUUAAAAAGCUGGUUAUUUUGCUCCUGAUAUAAUUGUAAUACAAUCCAUGAACCUUCAUUGCCGUCAUGCCGGGCCUUCUUCUCGCUGUCACAUUGGUGCACCAUCCCCAUUUAUUUGUCUUGAGUAAAAAUGCAACACAAUAACUUUGGUGUCACUUUGAAAACAGUUGAUUGGCGCUGAUGUUCUAAGUGGAACCACGCUCUUCCAACUUGAAAAAAGCCGGGGUAGGUCAACACAGGGGCUGUCUGUCAGGUUGAGGUUAAAUAGGUUUUCAUGCCAAUGUUAACAGGCAGGGCAUAAGAGGGUGAAAUAAGUACAAUAAAUAAUCAUAAGCUGGCAGAUCAAACCCGUGGGUUCCACUAGGGUGGGGUUCAAUGCUGGAAUUUCAAAAUAUGUUCUAUGUGCACACAAUUCGGCCCACAAGCUAUAAAGUAGGCUUGGAGUUUUGUCCCCCUGUGCAAUUGAGUUGGGCACCCCUGUUGCAGACAGUCACAUUUGUGUUUUUUAGUCCAGAACAUUUGACAGUGAGGCUGGGUGAACAGUUUCAUUCUGACAAAAAUGUCAAAAAGACAAAAGAAAUUAAUAUUUCCAAUAAACAAAACCAUUGUGGACCGUCAUAUUUGUAUUUGUUUGCCCUUCAGUUAGCUAGCAGGGUUGAGCGGACUGUACCAUAUUUGAUUCUGAGGUGAAUGAAAUUAAAAUGGCAAACAUUGAAAUUAAAAAGGUCAUAUUUGUGUGGUUCCUGAAUGACAACGUUUUUUUGUAAUUUUUUUUAAAUGAAAAUGUACAUCCUGAUUUAGAGCUUGUCCACACAUUACUUUAUGUAAAUGUCAUCUACGUCCGUCAUCUAACUGUGGAUGACGCUACCACCUUUACACCGGUUCAUACAUACAAUCUAUCGACGCGGUAACACAACGACGGUGUGUUCAUCAGUUCAUCCAUAAAAUACAUUUUUUUGCUACAAAAACAUAAACAUUCAAACUUACCAUUGGCAUGUUCGCGGUAGUAGAGUCAAAAAAAAAUCCACGUCAGCAGACCCUUAUUAGGACUUCCUCAGCCGCGCACUUCUGUGACGUCACUACCGGAAGCGAUUGGAUUUGUUUUAAAAAAUUAUUUAACGGCAAAAUAUAAGUUUAUUGGUGUUGUACCAAUGAUAUUUGGUUGUAUAUGUUUUCUUUACAUUUUUGUAAAGUGUAUUUUACUAAUUUGUUAUUUUUGUUAAUUGAUUUGUGUGCCUGGUGGGAAGACAGGAAAUAUAUGAGGAGGAUUUGCCAACCACCUGUAAAGCAGGUUGCAAGGUGGGAUAGUAAAACACAGAAAAACUACAAGUAAAACUACAAGUACAAAAAAUGUUCAUUACUAUUUUUUGCACUUUUUGUCCACAUUUCUGUACACCCUGGAAAUGGAUCUGGAAAGCACA